GUCAAUCGACCAAUGAAAUCACAUUUGAAGAAAAUCAGUCAGUUCAAGAUGGCGGAAAAAUUAGUGUACAUUUCACAUCAACAAAUAAAGCCAAUUAAAAUAUUAAAAUGGAAAGUACGAAAAGGUUCUUCUGUUUCUAUAGGUCGUGUAUUACUUUUGUACAAUUUUGUGAAUGGUCCGGAACAGGAACAACACAAAUUAAAGUCAACGCAAGCUGGAAUCGUACACAAAAUUGUGGCGCAUGAAAGCAGUUGUGUCAAGCAGGGAGAAAUCAUAUUGGAACUACAAACAUGUUCUCAUCCUACCAUUAUGAAUGAUAUGUGUGCCGAAUGUGGAGCAGACCUUCGAAAGGAGGAUAUAGUCAGUUGUGCUUCUGUACCAAUGAUUCAUGCUAUCCCAGAUCUAAAAGUCAGUGAGGAGUUGGCCCAAAAAUUAGGAAAGGCAGACAGUGAUCGCCUAAUAAAAGAUAGAAAACUUGUGCUAUUAGUAGAUUUGGAUCAGACGCUUAUACACACUACCAAUGACAAUAUUCCGCCUAAUAUAAAAGAUGUCUAUCAUUUUCAACUGAAUGGUCCGCAUUCUCCUUGGUACCACACAAGAUUAAGACCUGGAACUCACAAAUUUUUGAACAAUAUUCAUGACUUCUAUGAAUUGCAUAUUUGCACUUUCGGAUCCAGGAAUUAUGCUCACACUAUAGCUAUGUACCUUGAUGCUGAUCAAAAGAUUUUCUCCAACAGGAUAUUGUCCAGAGAUGAAUGUUUCGAUCCAACAAGCAAAAAAGCAAAUUUAAAAGCCUUGUUUCCAUGUGGAGAUAAUAUGGUUUGUAUUAUUGAUGACAGAGAGGACGUCUGGUCUCGUGCUAGUAAUUUGAUUCAUGUAAAGCCGUAUCAUUUUUUUCAACACACUGGGGAUAUAAAUGCUCCCCCUGGUUUGGACAAACAUGAUAAUGAUGAAAAUGGUGGUGUGGAUUUUACGAAAUUCAAGAAAAAUGACAGUGACAGAGCAAAAAUUGGUUCAAAAAUUGAUGGUCAAAAUGGAAUGAAUAUUGUUCCAGAGAAUCAACUGUUUCAGGAAACCAUACAACAAAAGGAUGAAAAUAUGAAAAGUGUAACUAGUGACAGCGAGAAACUGUUAACUGUGGAAGUGUCAGUAAAUGGUAAUAAAUCUAUGAAUGAAAUUAUAGACAAAUUUUCUGAUGGUGACAUUCAAAGUGAACCAACAGAAAAUGAAGAAAGUGAAAAGGGUCAGUCUAGUGAUAAGGAUACAAAUAGUACAUUGACAAGUGAAACCCUUUCAAACACAAAGGAAAAACCCAGCAACAAUGGAAUAAUCGAUUCCUCAAUAGAAAAAGGAGGAGAACUCGCUUCAGAGAGUAAAAAUAAUGAAAAUGAAAAACCUAGCGAUAUCAAUCCAUGUAAAUCUGUAACAGAGAUUGAUGAACAAAUAGAAGAAAAAUUGAACAAACCCAUUUCAGAAAAUAAAGAUGAUGAAACUGAAAAACCUGGUUACAUUGCGUCUGAUGCUUUUUCAGAAAUUCAGAAUAAUUUAGAAGAAAAACCUGAAAAUGAUUCAACCAGUGAACCCACCUUAGAAAAUAUUAAGAUAGAGGAGAAACUUAGUGGAAAUGGUGUGGUAAAUAAACUCUUGACAGAAAAUAAUAAGAAGUCAGAAGAGCAAGUCACUAAUAGUAUUAUUCCAACAGACAGUAAAGAAACUGCAGAAGAACAUAAUGAAUCCAAACCAGAUGGAUCAAUAACAAAAGAAGACGAUUCCAAAAACAUGAUAGAAAUCGAAGACCCGGAUGACUACUUGAUUUACUUGGAGGAAGUGCUGAAAAGAAUACACCAACAAUUCUACAACGAAUUUGAUAUGUUAGAAUCUGGCGAAGUUCCGGACAUGAAAACUGUAAUUCCCAGAGUUCGAAGUAAUGUCCUGAGAGGCUGCCAUCUAGUAUUCAGUGGUUUAGUACCAACACAUAUAAAAUUAGAACAGUCAAAGGCCUACCAAGUUGCAAGAAGCCUUGGGGCAGUAGUUACGACUGAUAUCAAUGAAAACACAACUCAUCUUGUGGCAGUUAGACCGGGAACUGCAAAAGUCAACACAGGCAGAAGGAAGAAACAUUUGAAAAUCGUAACGCCAGAUUGGCUUUGGUGUUGUGCAGAAAGGUGGGAACACGUUGAUGAGAGAAUAUUUCCACUAAGUAAGAAAGGAUCAAAAAACCGGCAUCCUCCCCCUCACUGUACAAGCCCGAGAGAUUUUGCUAGUUAUCAAGAGCAUGAGGCUCCUGCUGUAAGAAAACGGUCACCUAGUGGGAGGUUCAUGGAUACCAUCAAUCCACUGAUGUCUUUUUCCCGUGCCGAUAUUGCCGAUAUGGAUAAAGAGGUGAAAGAUAUUCUAGAUAAUGAUAGUGACAGCAGUGAGGAUGACCAUAUAGAAAAGGAUGAAAUAGCUGAUUUUGAGGAAACAGCAGAAGAUACCAGAAAAAGAAGCAGCAGUAGUAGUAGUAGCGAGGAGUCUCUUACAGGAGAAUAUCCGAAAGGUUACAAACGGAAAAGAGAAGAAGAAGAAGAAGAAGAAAAGGAGAAAAGCAUUUUGGAAGAAUAUAACAGCAGUGAGGAUGAAGAAUUUCCAAGUCAGAAGUUCAGAAGGGGCGAGAAUGUCGAUGAUGUGUUGGAUUUUGAACAGGAGGAUACACAAGAUAGCAUAGAGCCUCAAGAUGAAGUGGAUGAUGGACUAUGGAAUAUGAUGGGAGCUGCUUUGGAAAGGGAGUUUCUAUCGAAUGAUUAAUUUUUGCAGUUUCAAAAUAGGUCCUAUAAAGUUUGUAGUUUUUGGCAUUGAGUAUUUAAAAAAUGGAAAAGUGAGCAGGGUAAUACAUGUGCAGAAAGUUACUAAAACGAAAUUGGUGUCAUAUCAAUUGAAAUAUAUUAAUAUUAUUCACUUUCAAAAAGUACUAAGUUAGGUAAGAAAAUUAUGAAUCUUAAGUUAAACUAGAUUGUUUAUUAUUUUUCAUGGAAUAAGUGAAAGUACAUUUUUGGAAAAGUACAUCAUUUCAAUUUGUGAAUCAAAUAAAUUUUGGGAAUUUUUAUUGUGGUUUCAUCUUAGUUAAGUUUAAAAAUACAAUAGAUGAUAUUUUUAAUAGCUUAAACAAAGAGUUUUUCCUUGAAUUUCUGAUAUUUCAGAUUUAGAAAAUUUAUUACUCUGAAUAGUAUCCCUUCAAUGGGCAUAAUCUGGUCGAGAGUUUCUAUUUUGUUCUUAUAUAAUGGUUUUAUUUUCAUGAGAACAUAAUUAGGAUCUGUAUGGAGCAAGGUGACAAUUUUAUUUCAGUGGAAAUUUUCUUCAGAUGAUUAUCUAUAAAACAAACUUUGAUGAUCUUGAACAUUAUAAUUAUUGAAUUCAUUGCUAUGGUUAUACUUAUAUGGUUCAAUAAUGUUAUGAGUACUAGAAUUGCAUUUGUAAUAUGUACACUAAUAAAUUCAUUAAUAAUCUCAUUGAACUAUAGCGCUUUGAACCUUUUCAUGUCUCAAUAUUUUUUUAAUUGUAGUUAUAUAUUUUAUGAGGUUUGUCAUAUUUAUCCAUACUAAAUUGAGAGUAGCAUCAUUUUAGGAGUGAAAGAUUUUUGGCUUUCUACUUCUCCAUCGUUGAGAAUAUUCAAAUAAUAUUUUUUUGUCAAUAAAUAACCAGGUCCGGAAAUGGAUGUCGGCUGCCAUUAAAUUUUGACUUCUCUGAAUAGCGAAUACCACACUGUCCUUUACUUCAAAUUCUAGUGGGUUUUCCACAAAACAAUCUUUUUGAACACAGUUCAUUUUUUUGAGUUGUUCAUUCAGGUUUUGUGCUCCGAAAUUGUAGGGUAAUAAAAAACUUCUGUAUAAAUCUGUCAAUUUUUUUUAUUUGUCAUUUUUUUUUGUCAUGCUCAAGUUUAGAUGUUUAAUCAAUUUCACUGUUCUGAUACUGUUUACACUGAAAUUUAGAUCUGAUCAGUUAUGUUUUAUACAUUGGAGUGAAAGUACAUCACGUUUUAGAAACUGAUUAAAAAUUACAGAGGUUUUUUUCGAACAUCAAUAGAGUAUAACAUUAGAACAAUAUUUGUUUUGUUCAUAAAUUAACUAGAAUUGUUCACAAUAUAAGUAAUGAAAGCUUAUCAUUAACAGCGAUAGUGUAUCAUAGGGAAAAAAGUGGGUUUAUAGUGUCAUGAGAAAUUUCAUCUUAAUACCUAUGGUUGAAAGUACCUACCAUUAAAAAUGUCAAAACAAACACACAUGGUCUAUCUUUAAAAAUCAUAAAUUCGAUUAUUUCAUAUUGGUGAUGAUUUUGCUCAAAUUCAAAGUAUAACUUUCUUAUUUUUCUGUUUCAAUAUAACCUCUAUCCAAUUUUUUUGUGACAUAUUUUGAUAUAACGAUUUAUUUUGCACUCAUUAAAAUUCCCCUGCUCACUUGGAUUAUUUACAGUCAGAAUAUCUUUCAUUAUUAAAAUGUUGAUUUUCUCAGACUGAAACAGAUGUAAAACCCAAUUUUGAAUAAAUACGGAGACUUGAGUAUACUAUUUUCAUUUUGUUGCUUUUAUUUUUCUGGGGCAUAAUUAUAAGUUGUAAAUAAAAUAGUAUACUGGAUUUUUUCUUAUUGUUAGUCGGAAAUUAUCUCAUUUUCAGGGUGAUGUAUCAAAUUUUGCUUUCACCUAUGUCCUGUUGAAUAGGUACAAAAAUGUAAAAUAUUACUUAAGGUUAAAAAAAGAGCAUUUUCUUUCUUUGUAAAUAUUUGUAAGUUUUGUUUAUAUAAAUUAUUAAAUCUAAUUGUAAUUAA